AUGUUUCUCGCUAUUUUAUCUUCGAUUAUCGCUCUUGCCAACCUCUCAACUGUUGAUGCAGACACUGUGACAACAGUUGAUCCCUCUACAUGGGGUGUUUGGGAAGGCUGGGGGGUGUCACUGGCCUGGUGGGCCAAAGCUUUUGGCGAUCGUGAGGAUCUCGCUGAUGCUUUAUUCACUACUAACUGGCAAUCUUUCCAAGGCCAAAGUCUACCUGGCCUCGGUUUUAACAUUGCACGAUACAAUGCUGGAGCUUCCAGUACAAAAGCCUACAACGGAAGCAGCAUGGUUGUUUCUCCCAAUAUUAAGCCAUCUCGUCAAAUUGAUGGCUUCUGGCUCGAUUGGGCAAGCUCUGAUCCUUCGUCCUCUAGUUGGGACUGGUCGGUUGACGCGAAGCAGCGCCUCAUGUUGCAAAACGCUAGGAUGAAGGGUGCUGACACGUUUGAGCUUUUCUCAAAUUCUCCGAUGUGGUGGAUGUGUUAUAACCAUAAUCCAUCCGGGGCUUCAGAUGCCUCCAAGGACAAUCUACAGUCCUGGAACUAUGAACAGCAUGCCGCAUAUUUGGCCAACAUCGACCAAUAUGCACGCCAGCAUUGGGAUAUUGACUUCCAAUCUGUGGAGGCUUUUAAUGAGCCAUCAUCAGAUUACUGGAGCGCCAUGGGGGGGCAAGAGGGUUGCCAUUUUGAUGUCAGUACAAUGGACAAGGUGACUGCAUUUUUGAGGACCGAACUCAGUAAACGGGGAUCGAACAGUUUUAUCGCAGCUUCGGAUGAAACGAGCUAUGAUGCCGCGGUAAACACUUGGAAAAUGAUGGCUAGCGCAUCCAAGGACGCCAUCCGUCGUAUCAACGUUCAUGGCUAUCAAGGAGGCGGUGGACGCCGCGAUCAACUCUACUCCCUGGCUAAGCAGUCGAACAAAGUCCUGUGGAAUAGUGAAUAUGGCGACAACGAUGGUAGUGGCAAGCAAAUGGCUGCGAACAUACUCCUGGACUUCUACUGGCUACAUCCUACUGCUUGGGUCUAUUGGCAAGCGGUCGACAUACCUGGUUGGGGACUUAUAGUUGGCGACAAUGAUGCAAAAACACUCGAUUCAGUAUCCACAAAGUACUUCGUGCUUGCACAAUUUUCCCGCCACAUUCGAACAGGAAUGACUAUCUUAGGCGGCGGUAACGCUGACACGGUUGCAGCUUACAAUGCUAAGAAUAAGACACUAGUAGUCGUAGCCGCAAACUGGGCUUCGGCUCAGUAUAUAAACUUUGACCUUUCCCGCUUUACGAAAACUUGGAAGGAUGGAGAUCUAGUAAAACGAUGGCAUACUGUGGUCGAUGGUAGUGAGAAUUACGCUGAGCACAACGAUACGUUCAUGCAGGGAUCCCGUUUCUGGUCAUGGUUUGACACUGGUUCUGUGCAAACAUUUGAAAUCAACGGUGUGGAUCUGUGA